UCUGAAUAUGAUGAUUUUUCUGUCUUAAAGCUCCAAGAUACUGAGAGCCCCUCACAAGUCACAACAACAAAAAUCAUCAUCACACCAACAUUUCAACGAAAAAGACCAAAACCCAGAAAGGAAAAUGCAAAAAUAAAACAACCCAUCUCGCAAUCUGAAGAUACAAUUUUUUUUUUCUUAAAUUUUCUCGGUAUCCAAUCAAAUCCCAUCAAUAUUUUCUAUGCAAUUUCCGGAAAUGGGGCUUCUGAGAUCAGUACUGGCACUGUGUCUAGGGUUUGUGGUGGUGUGUCUGGCAGUGGUGCCUCCUGCUGUAGCGAAGUUUGUGGUGGAGAAGAACAGCUUGACGGUGGUAUCUCCGGAAAGCAUCAAGGGAACGCACGAUAGCGCUAUUGGGAACUUCGGAAUUCCGCAGUAUGGGGGGAGUAUGGCUGGUACGGCUGUGUAUCCCAAGGAAAACACCAAGGGGUGCAAGGGUUUUGAUGAGUAUGGGAUUUCAUUCAAGAGCAAGAUUGGUGCUCUGCCCAGUUUUGUUGUGGUCGAUCGUGGAGAUUGCUUUUUUGCGUUAAAGGUUUGGAAUGCCCAGAAUGCAGGUGCUUCUGCAGUGCUUGUUGCAGAUAACAUUGAGGAAGCACUGAUAACCAUGGACUCCCCUGAAGAGGAUGGUUCAUCCUCAAAAUAUAUUGAGAACAUAACAAUACCAUCUGCUCUUAUUGAGAAAAGUUUUGGUGAAAAACUGAAGAAAGCAAUUACUAGUGGGGAGAUGGUUAAUGUGAACCUUGAUUGGAGAGAAGCUGUUCCGCAUCCAGAUGAUCGUGUGGAGUAUCAGUUGUGGACAAACAGCAAUGAUGAGUGUGGAGUUAAAUGUGACAUGUUGAUGGAAUUUGUAAAAGAUUUCAAGGGUGCUGCGCAGAUACUUGAGAAAGGAGGUUUCACUCAGUUCACACCCCAUUAUAUAACUUGGUACUGCCCUCAGGCAUUCACUGUUAGUAAACAGUGCAAGUCCCAAUGCAUUAAUCAUGGAAGAUAUUGUGCUCCUGAUCCUGAACAGGAUUUUAGCAAAGGCUAUGAAGGGAAAGAUGUAGUUCUUGAAAACUUAAGGCAACUAUGUGUGUUUAGAGUGGCAAAUGAGGGCAAAAGGCCCUGGGUGUGGUGGGACUAUGUGACUGAUUUUCAAAUUAGAUGUCCCAUGAGGAAGAAAAAGUACAACAAGGAAUGUGCUGAAACUGUCAUCGCAUCUCUAGGGCUUGAUAGUAAAAAGAUUGAAAAGUGUAUGGGAGACCCAAAUGCCGAUUCUGACAAUCCUCUUCUGAAAGAAGAGCAAGAUGCUCAAGUUGGGAAAGGAACAAGAGGCGAUGUCACUAUAUUGCCCACCCUUGUUGUGAACAAUAGACAAUAUCGAGGAAAGUUGGAGAAAGGUGCUGUUCUGAAGGCCAUUUGUUCUGGUUUUGAGGAAACCACUGAGCCAGAUGUUUGUUUGAGUGGUGAUGUGGAGACAAAUGAAUGCCUGGAUAAUAAUGGUGGUUGCUGGCAAGAUAAAACAGCCAACAUCACUGCAUGCAAGGAUACAUUUCGCGGGAGAGUGUGUGAAUGCCCCUUGGUUGAUGGUGUGAAGUUUAAGGGAGAUGGUUACAGUUCCUGUGAAGCUAGUGGGCCUGGGAGGUGCAAGAUAAACAAUGGAGGUUGUUGGUAUGACUCCCAAGAUGGACAGAGCUUCUCUGCUUGUUUGGAUAUUGAUGGCGGUAAAUGUGAGUGUCCUCCAGGGUUUAAAGGUGAUGGUGUCAAGAGUUGUAAAGAUGUUGAUGAAUGCAAAGAAAAGAAAGCCUGUCAGUGCCCUGAAUGCAGCUGCAAAAACACAUGGGGUAGCUACGAGUGCACUUGCAGUGGGGAUCUUUUGUAUAUCAGGGACCAUGAUACCUGCAUAAGUAAGCGGGCAACUGAAGUGAAAUCUGCAUGGGCUGCAGUCUGGGUAAUUUUGAUUGGCUUGGCUAUGGCUGGUACUGGAGCAUAUCUUGUGUACAAAUAUAGAAUAAGGUCAUACAUGGACUCGGAGAUCAGAGCUAUAAUGGCACAAUACAUGCCCCUGGACAGCCAAACGGAAGUCCCAAAUCAUGUCUCUGAGGAUCAUGCAUGAAAGCAAAAACUCCUUAAAUUAAUCUAGGAUCUUGGAGACUGCUGUGCCGUGGAUUUGAGAAUAGAUAUUUAUAUCUUUGUAAAAAUAUGUUGGGCAAUAAGAAAAUGCAGAUUAGAAAUUGUCCAGUUGUUCAUCAAGAAUGUAACAUGAACAACAGUAGAAAUAGGGAAUGGGAUUUGGGGCCAGUUCUUGAAGGAUUGGUGCUGUAGCUUGUGGCAAUUUCUGUUCCCAUCGUCUGAAAAAUAUGUUUCCUAACUUGCAUGUUAAUCUGUAAGCCACGAUUGCCUUCUUUCUUAGGCUGAAUGCUUUUCAUGAUUGCAGUUUUGUCAACUUAAAAACGAGAAUCACCAUUGUUGUUCCCACAGAAUACAGUCAUGCUUCUUGGUUUUUGAAUGAAUAUGCAUGCCAUUCAA